CACAGUUUGAUCGAGAUGAGCGGCGCGAACAAUGCAUCGUCGGCUGACCUGCAAGGUGUGAAGGUAUACGUGAGAGUCCGCCCCAUGAGCACAGCUGAAGUUGAACAAGGAUGCGACAGCGCCUUCGCAGCGGAGUCUACAUCGAUCACUCUAGGGCCGAAAACGUACACGUUCGACAAAGUGUUCGACGCAACCCAGUCCCAGGACCAUGUCUUCUCAAACAGCGCUGCGGCAUUGCUGGAUGGGUUCUUUCAAGGGUACAACGCAACAGUAUUUGCGUACGGUCAAACAGGGUCGGGGAAAACGUACACCAUGGGAGUGGAACAUGGCGGUGUUAUUCCACAUGUCGUCGACGAAGUCUUUUCCCGUAGCAAGAAACUCGACACGGACAAGAUGACGACAGUCGUCCUCAAGAUGUCGUACUUGGAAAUCUUUAACGAGGAAGUUUUCGACCUGCUGGCACCCACGGCCUCGACAAGUCUGAAUGUUCGCGACGACAUCAAGCGCGGCAUCGUCGUUUGCGGCUUGUCUGAACACAUUGUCAGCUCGACGGAAGAAGUAAAUCAGCUCCUACUCCAAGGUGCCAGCAAACGAGCCACCGCGUCCACGGGCAUGAAUGACACGAGCAGUCGAUCCCACGCGAUCUGCACCCUGUCGAUGCAUCAGCAACCCGCAGAAGACAGCGCCAAGUUUUCCAAAUUCCACCUCGUCGAUUUGGCUGGGUCUGAACGGGCCAAGCGAACGCUUGCCACCGGCGACAGGUUCAAAGAAGGUGUCCACAUCAACCAAGCAUUGCUCACCCUUGGCAAGGUCAUCACGGCCCUCAGCGACAAGAAGGCAUUCGUUCCAUACCGCGAGUCCAAACUCACGCGACUCCUUCAAGACAGUUUAGGUGGCAACAGCAAAACAGUCAUGAUUGCGUGUGUGAGUCCUGCCGACUCGAACUAUGAGGAAACGACGAGCACGUUGCGGUACCAUAAAUUCACAUGCUCAACUUAACACAAUGCACAAAACUCGUCAGGUACGCCGAGCGAACGCGAUGCAUUCAGAACAAGGCUGUGAUAAACAAAGACCCGGGAGCUUGCGAGAUCAAAUACCUUCGACAACAAGUCGAACUGCUGCAGUUGCAGUUGUUGCAGGCCAAGUCGACGUUGCAUGCGCCGACACAUGACGGUCUUUCGUUGAGUCUGUCGUCGUCGCCUGUGUCCCCGUCGUCCGCUGUCGAACUGACACGGAUGAAGAAAGAAAUAGCGCUAUUACGCCAAGCCAAGGAACAAUGGAAAAGUAUUGCGCAGCAUCAACAUGGCGACGAAAGAGCACUCACCCAGGCUGUUGAAAUGGAGAUGGAGGCAGAUGGUGUGCUCAACACGUCAGCCGACUUGGAAAACAUGGAGCGUGUGAUUGAAGAGAAGGAAGCGAUGAUGGCGCUGUUGAACUCUGUCGACGAACACCACAUUGGGGCAGAAUUAGAGGCUCUCGGCAAAAAGUACGAAGAGAAAAUCCAGACGCUGCAAACGCCGACGAAAAAGUCACAACUGGCGGUCGUCAUGGCCGCACAGACCGAAGUCCGACGGCUACAACGGCUGCACCAGCAAGGCCAGCUGAAGAUUUCGUCGCUUCAAAUCGAGCUAACAAGCAUGAAGCAGCUCAAGGCGUCCCUUCAACGGAAGCUCAAAACGGAAGUGGUCAACGCGCAAAAAGAGCAGCGAAAGCAAUCGUUAACGAUCAUGCAGCUGCAACGCAAGGACGCGAAGAAGCAAGUGGAGAUCCAAAAACUCAGCCAACUUCACGCUCACCAAAACACCCUUCUCAAACGCAAGAACGACGAGUUGGUGAAAUUGCAAUCUUCUAAGCGAUUCAAACCCAGUGAGCCUGCUGUGUUGUCGACCGAUGCGGCCACGCAACUUGUCGACGAGGUGUUGGACGUGGAGAUGACAAUAGUUGGAGCUAAAGCUGCUAUCAAGGUUGAGAUCGAGGAACGCAUCGAAAUUGCCAAGACCCUCCGGCGAACACCACCGGGACCAGAAAAGCAAAAAAUCGACUUGCAGCUUGCUGACAAGAACGCAGUCAUUCGAAAACUCCAGCAAAAGUUAGACUUGGUCGAGAAACAUCACCGACACUCAGGCGGGACUGCCUCCCAACUGUGCCCCUCGUCAGUGCAGUCUUGCCACAAAGUGAUUCAGGCCUUGCUGACUACUACGGUGUCGGCGAAAAAACGUUGCUUGGAGCUGGCGGAUGUUGACAAGCAACUUGCUCAAACGGAAGAGCAACUAGUCGAGCAACGAGCGACUGCUGACUCGCUGGCUGCUGAAGUCAAACGGCUGGAAGUAGAGCUGGAGAGUCGACCUCCCAAGAAAGAGCGACCGAAACCAAAGGUCACCACUGACGUUGAAGAAGACGAGAUGCCGAGUGAGAGUGAAGACGACGGUGGCGAGUAUGAUGACGACUCGGAUUACACAGAAGACCGCAACUCCAGAGGACGAACAAGCAGUGGGCGCAAAGACAAAAUCAAAGUCACUGCCGCGACUGUCACCCCCGGCGAUGCUGUGGCGGUGGAUUGUUGCCAAUGCAACGGUAAAUGUGCCACCAAAGCAUGUGCAUGUCGUGCGCGAUCAGGACGAUGUGGUGACAAGUGCACAUGCAAACCGCACAAAUGCGUCAAUCGUGGGAGUAUCGUUGCUGGUGACGUCGACAGCAAUAGCAUCCUUCAGGAACUGUGCGGGCCGAAUCACGAGCUUUCGCUUCGGGGUAUUGCGUCGCCAGCACCGCUGAAAACACCAAUUUUGUCCCCAUUCGGGUCGAAACGAGACAAAGAGAACUCUGGUGUGCACGUCUUGGUGACCCCGCCCCCGCCCAUGGUACAAUCCUGCAAACCCAAGGUUUCGAAGAAAGGACUAACGAGGGGCUUACAAGCAUCAUCAUCAUCGGCGACUGACUGCGGACUCCCCCAUGUGAAGAAGCUGUUCGACCCAAACCAGUCCUUCUCCGUGAACCCUUCCUCGUCCAUGUCGCUGGCCUCGCAACUCCAAAUGCUGUAACAUAUCCCAACGAACAAUCUCUUUCCCGCAUCUCUCCAUCUCCAUCUCUCUCCACCCAUUCCCAUCGUCGUCCUGGUGCCGCCGGGUCGCGGUGGAAGGGCAGCUGCAAUUUAUUCAUGUUGCGAAG